UUUGAGCAGAAGACAACACGAACGUAUGAGUGCUAUGAGUGAAAAGUUUAAAUCGUAAAGUAGAGAUUGAGUAACUGCCCACAAUAGAGUAAACAGAAAUAUGUUUGCGUUCAGUAGUAAUGAAAAUGCAGUUUUAGAGCGAAAAGCAGACAUUGGAGAAGGCAGUCGUUCGGUUGCUACACGUGACAUUGAUUGUUAUUAUGAACUGGACAAAUGUGCUGAAUGGACAAAGAAAAAUGAGUUAAACAAGAUUUGUUUGCAGUUCCCAGAUGCCCUUCUCUGUGAUUCUGUAGAGGUAGCACUUCGUUUGGGGAAAAAGAUAGGCACUGUACCUUAUAUUCUUGGUGAUACAUCUUAUGGGAGCUGCUGUGUGGAUGAAGUGGCCGCACAGCAUGUCAAUGCUGAUGGGAUUAUCCAUUUUGGCCACGCUUGCCUUACUCCUACAAAUGGCUCUUUGCCUAAGCUGUAUGUGUUUGAGAAACUGCCAGUCGACUGUCAUCACUUUGUGUCCUGCUUCAGAUGUGUGUUCACAUGCAAGACUACUAAAAUCCUCCUCUUGUAUGAUGUCUGCUAUCAACAUGCUGUUGAUUCCAUCAUUGCAAACAUUGCAACGGAUUUUCCUAACAUGAUUGUCUCAGAACUGGCCAUUACUAACAGAAGUCCUGAAGCAGAUGAAGGGACAAAACUGGGCAGACAUUUCAAAUUGCUGAAUGAAUCAAGACUAGAGGAAUACUCCAUUGUGUUUAUAGGAAGAGAUGGACCUACACUGUCCAACAUAGCCCUGACAUUUCUUGGCAAAGAUUUGUAUUGGUAUGAUCCGUCGGGAACAAAGAAGCUUGAACACUAUAAUGUUCAAAACAACAAGUUUCUGAUGAAACGAAUGCACCUCAUUGAACGCAUCAGAGAUGCUAAAACUAUGGGGAUUGUCAUCGGAACAUUGGGUGCCUCAAACUACCUUGGUGCUGUGGACAGACUCAAAGAACUAGCAAAGCAGCGAAAGAAAAAGUCGUACAUAAUUGCUGUUGGGAAGCCUAAUGUUCCAAAGUUAGCAAACUUUCCAGAGAUUGAUAUCUUUGUGUUGAUAGCAUGUCCAGAGAAUUCAUUAUUGGACUCCAAGGGGUUUUAUCGUCCCAUUGUAACUCCCUAUGAGGUGGAAUUGGCAUGUAAUUCAAAUAGAGAAUGGAGCCAGGGCUAUGUACUUGAGUUCCAGCAUCUUCUGCUAGGUGGAAGACAUUAUCAGGAAGUUGAAGACAAUCUUGAUGGCACUACAGAGGACACUGCAGAUAUCUCUCUCAUUACUGGUCAAGCCCGUGUCAUGCCAGGAUGGGAUUCUUCUAGUCACAGCAUUCCCACAUCAGGUGUUGUUGCUUUGAAAGGCGAUUCAACAGUGUCAACAAAUCUGGCAACAGGUUCAGAAUUCCUCACUAAGCGGAGUUGGCAAGGGUUAGAACAGAACUUGGGCCAGAAUGAAGCUGUACUAGCCAGUAAGGGCCAGAGUGGUGUUCCUCAGAACUAUGACACAGAUCUUGAUACCAUGUCUUAGCCAAGAAGUAACAAGAUCUUGAACAAUGCUGAACAUUAUAAAAUGUUGUGAGAUUUGAGGUUCUUGGAGUUGUGACUCACAGAUAUAGUCUUCUGGGAUAUGGUGUGUAGUUUAAUAGAUGGAUCCCAAUUUUAUAUAUAUAAUUUCAGAAACCCUGAAAAUUUUUCCAUAUGAACCAGGUUUCCAUUUAACACAGGUAAUUAGUUUGAGGUAUUAAAUAUUGAACAGUGCAUACCUCAAGUAUUUAUGAUCCAACUCACCUGUUAGAAAUCCAUGUUAUACAAACACAUUUCACUGUUAUUAACAAUUUGCGGACUGGACGCAUGAUAUCAGGCUUUUCGCUUUUAAACAUGGCGGACCGGUGGCAUGAUAUUAUGCUUUUAGGACACGUUAGGUUGUAACACACUAUACCUUGCUCUGGCGCCAUGCAACUGCAAUGAAUACUGCAUAAUAAAUCGUCGGAAUGUAUGCUAGGUAUUCAGUAACUUGAGCUGGCUUCCUAGGGUCCCUACUCCAAAAGAAAAUAAAGUUUGCCCCUUCCAGCUGUUUAUGUACCAGGCAGGAAGUUAGUAGAGGGGAAUAUGUUUCAAGGACAAAAGCGGUUGAAGGCAAGCGAUCUCUCCCGGACUUGUUUAUGGAGCUAUCUGAUGUACCUUGUGGAGGAGUAGUGAUUAGUGACUCAGACAGUGGAAGUGACAGGGAUCAACAAAGAAUUGUGGCCACAGAUAAUAAAAGUGAAA